UCCAUUGACCAGGCAUCCCUUCCGGUAGAUGAGGUCAACUUUUCCCCAGAUCCGCCAUUUCAGUCCCGGAGUUUCUUGUUGCACAUUAGUUUGGGGGUUGUUUGUGAUUAUAACAUUUUACCGGCAAAGGAUUGGGAUUUUUCGGCAAAGCACAAGUUCUGUCAACUUCUCUGUCUCGACGUUUUCUCUUGGAAGUCGCUGAAGUCGGGGCAUUUUCAUUUUUUUUCUUUUUCCCAGUGGCAGUGUUAGUCAACCAAAGUUUUGUAUGAGUUGCGGAUAGGGAGAGGCGAAGGGGAAAGGCCUCAAGCCUCGGAGAGUGUUUCACAGCUAUGGCCGGUAAUUUUGAUGCCGAGGACCGAGCUAGCUGGUACUGGGGGAGACUGAGCCGCCAGGAAGCCGUUUCCCUCCUGCAGGGACAGAGACACGGUGUUUUCCUGGUGAGGGACUCCAUCACCAGCCCCGGCGACUACGUGCUGUCUGUCUCAGAGAACUCCAAAGUGUCCCAUUAUAUAAUCAACAGCAUCAGUAACAACCGGCAGUCUGGCUCAGGUUUGGUCCCACCUCGGUUUCGGAUCGGGGAUCAGGAGUUUGAAGCACUGCCGGCCCUGCUCGAGUUCUACAAGAUCCACUACCUGGACACCACUACUCUCAUCGAGCCUGUAAGCAAAGCCAAGCACACGGGAUUCAUCAGCUCCUCCAUUGGCGUCCCACAGCAGCCUGAGGAGGCCGAGUUCGUCAGAGCUCUGUUCGACUUCCCUGGCAACGACGAGGAGGACCUUCCCUUCCGCAAAGGAGACGUCCUGCGAGUUCUGGAGAAGCCUGAGGAGCAGUGGUGGAACGCUGCUAGCCAGGAGGGCCGAGUCGGAAUGAUCCCCGUGCCCUACGUGGAGAAGUACCGGCCCUCUUCACCCACUGCUACUGCCCUGGGACCCUCUGCUGUGGGAACUGGACAGGUUGGAGGGGUACCGGGAAGCACAGAUGGAACGGGGGCUCCUCAAACCAACCCUCUGGCAGACCCGGGCCAGUACGCUCAGCCUGUGGUCAACACUCAGCUGCCCAACCUACAGAAUGGGCCUGUGUUUGCCCGAGCCAUUCAGAAGAGGGUUCCCAACGCCUAUGACAAGACAGCGCUUGCUCUAGAGGUGGGGGACAUGGUUAAAGUGACCAAGAUCAACGUGAACGGACAGUGGGAGGGCGAGUGUAAAGGCAAGCGAGGCCACUUUCCCUUCACCCACGUUCGACUGUUGGAACAGCACCAUCCUGAUGACGAGAGCUGAGAAGCACGUGUUGCCUCCAGCAUGUCCCUCUGGCCAUUUUGUCACACUUGGAAACACUAAGAUUUAUAGAAGCACACAGUAUGUGAACCUACAAGCUAAACUGGUCAGCCUCUCCUGACCCUGCCAGCACAAGACGUGUUGGCUGAUCUUGCCUAAAGUCAUUUUGAUGGACGUCAGUCAUACUAAGAGUUUACACUAAGAUCAGACGGAUAUUGGUUUCCCUAUAUUAGCUUUUAUUUUUAAGUAAGCCUGACCAAGUGUCACUGUUGGCUUCCUCCUUAUCUACGCUACUUCAGUCUCAGACACCUAAAACAACGCAGUUCUGUUUUUUUAUGUAGAUGGCAGCAUUUAUUGGUUUAAUGUUAUCUCACAAAGAAUCACACUGGAAGAUCAGUUAUCAGUUUCAUGUCUGUGUAUCCAGCAGUAAUGGGAGAGUUAAUCAAACCUCUCUCAGCCAGAACAGAAAAGAACAAGACUGCAAUGUCCUUUAAUUUUCAGAGUAUUUUAUGUACCCGUUUGUUGAAUAGAUACAAAAGCAAUAACAUUAUGUUUUUAGGGUGCUUUUACCUUUUCGGUCCUGCUCAAAAAAACUAGCGCGUUCACCUGGACUUAACAACUGCACAGAAACUGCUGGAAAAGUCAGAUUUUGGUUCAGUCAUACUCUGCAGCUUGUUAGUAGUUUGCUGUUACAGUGAAUCAGUGGUUAGCACCGACACCUGUGUCCAACCAAAAAGGCUUGUGCAGAUUUCUUCUGGGAGAUAUCAAAAACAUGCUAAUUUAAUCUCCCAAAGUAUCCUUGUCCAGAUCACCAGCUUAGACCUGCUGUCCACUGCUCCUUAUACUAAAAAUGGAUUAAAUGCAGAGAAUGAAUUUCCCUCUGAGGACUAAUAACUUUAAUAGUAGUUUUGAAUUUCCAAAUGUGCAAUUUUAGCACAAUUUCAAAGCUAAACUGCCUUUAAGAGCCUCUACUAAUUGUAAGCCAUCAGGAUAAUUUCCUAGUCGUUCCUUAGAAGUGAUCUGUAUAAUUUUGCAAGAUAAUCUGGUAAACUGUGGGGAUAUCUUUUUUUGAUUUUUCCUGCAUGGAGGAAUUUUAGGCCCUUCUUUAAAGAGAUUUUAGCCAGUGCCAAAGUGAUAAGACUUGAGAUUUUCAAAAAUAUAUGUGGUUUUAACCAGUUUAGUUAAUUUGGGUUUCAUUUACCCAAGCAUAACUUACAUUUUUGAUAAUUAAAUACUUAGAAGUAAGAAGAAACUAGAUAGUUAUUGCCUUUACUUAUUAUGCUUACUUUAAUGUGUAGUCAUUACCCAAAGGGCCAUUUUGAGCCUUUGAAAAAUCCUGUCUUCCAGUUAGUGAACAUGAGUGAAAUCCGAUACUUCUUGUGCUUAUGUCCUGCAUCUCUGUAUUUUAGCAGUUACUCAUCUAAAAGUGAGUGUAAUGUAGCAUUAGCAUACAAGACAUUUCUGUUUGUGCCUUACUUCCCUUUAAAUAGGCACUGCAAUUAUAGUCUCAACUAAUAGUGUUUAUUUCUUGAAGAUCUUUAUUCAUUGUCCAUAUCACUUUACAGCAAUUUGUAUUGAAUUGUGUGGGCAAAACAUGGACCAGCAUAGGCGUAAAGGUUUAUUUUAGUUAUUGGAUCCGGAUCAAAUGAAUUCAACUACAGGCAUGAACGCGACCCUCGACCCGUCGUGAAGUUAAAUAGAUGUAGUGAUUCUGAGCGUCUCGACGGAAGCUGCUAACUGUAAAAUUAUUUAAUCACUUGUGCAUAAGACAGUAAACGGAAGAGGAAUGAAAAUGGUUCAAUUUAAGAUGGGCAAAAAUUUCAGUUUAAUGGGGCAUGUUGGGACAUCAGUGACUGAUAUCAGUCAAACCCUAGUUUACAUACCUCAAGCCCAGUAUUGAAGUCUGCACCACACGUACACGGUGGAUUCAGCCUCCUUCUGUGUUAUCUGUGCAUCCCCCGCCCGCCCAUGACACUUCGUUCACACACAGGAGGAAGAAAAUCAAUGGCGUACAGGAGACCAAACACUCUGCUUCUCUCACAGAAUCAUGAAUCAGUGAGUUUUUGUAGACUGUGAAACGAGACGGUGCUCCUCGCAAAGAUGACUUCACUGACUUACUACAUCCCACACUACAAACCAAGUCCUCUUUUUUUUUUCUUUUUGUAUAAAAAGUGGAAAAUAUUAUGAUACAAUUGAGUAUAUAUAUGUAUACACACACCUUACAUGCUAAAUACUGUAAACAUUCUUCCUUCUGCCUGUUUGUUUUAUUUUUUUUACCUUUUGUUGGUAGAGACUGUACACCUAUUAUUUUAUUUUUAACUCCUUUAAAUCACUAUUCUGCACCAUCAUGGGUGACUUCAAAUGCAGCAGUAUGAAAGAAAAACAAGCAGACACUCACAGAGGAAGGAACAAUCCCCUGAGGCUGGUUUAGAAGAUGAGAGGAGAAAAGUUGAGGGAUUUUAUUUUUGUCCUCCAGAUGGGCUGUUAUAGCAUUGCCAUUCCGAGAUGCUUUUAGGAUUAAAAAAAAUCCACCUUAAACACUAAUGUUGCAUUUUUAUGUGUAUCUGGGAAGUGGCAAGUGUCAUUUUAAUGUGUUUUCGUGUGGCAUGAAUGAUGUUCGCUGUAGGCUGUCUCAUUGGCUUUUUCCACAUAGAAUACUCAUUAUUACACAGGAAGCUUUUUUUGAACGCUCACAAGCCUUUUAGCACCACAUCAGCACAGAAAUAAAUUAUAAACUGGUCUUUUGCUAAAGGAAUUCUGCUUUCCUGAACUGUUUCUUUUUGAGAAUCUGCUCUGGAACUUUUUUCUCAACAGCAGGCAGAGAAAUAAGCAACUUGGGAUGUUUUUUUUGUUUGUUUUUUGACAUUAUCUCAGUCAUUCCUCUAAGUAAGCAAGUGAACUCUAAUUAGACAUAUUGCAAAUGGUUGUAAAAUGUGUUUGGCGGCAUUGAGACUGAUAAAACGCAGUAUUUUCGAGAGAUUAAAGUCUUCCUGUGGUCCCAGCGUUGCUUUUCAUGCAUAAUAGCAAGCUAAGAUUGAGUGGUACCUUAUAUUCCUCCAAGUCGGAAAUUGGUGUAUCAUCUUUUUCGUUAUAAAUUAACACAUUUUCUAAAGUAAUGAGUGACAAACCCCAGCAGCACAUGGAAGUUAAGGCGUCCACCAGGGAGGGUCUACAGAGCUACAUCCUCUCUACUUGAUGUUAUAUAUCGGAAAAGAUGAAGAGAUUUAGUGAGAACCAAUUGGACUGAAGCUACAACCCAUCUAUAAAUCCAUUUAAUCUUCCAUGUUCUGGAUCAGAUGUAUGAACAAUGUGUGCAUUACAAUCCUGCAUAUGCCACCUUUUUCAGAUAUUUUUUUCCCUAGAACAUAUGCAUCUCGAAUAUACAUUAAACAGUUACUUAAUCUAUGUUAUUGAUGCAGUCAAAGGCACAUUGUUUGAUUAAAUCUGACAUGUUCUUUACAUCAUCCCAACUGUAUUUCGGUAGAAAGGUUUGACAAAGCAGCUAGUAUUUGGUUAAACUGCUAAUUUUUUUGACGCUACACAGAUGCUACACAGAAGCACCUUAGUCAUCUAAAGUGCUUCUGUGUUCAUUUAGUACUAGAAAUCACAACAAAAUUUAUUUAAAAAAAUGUAUGUUUGUACUUUAAGUUUGUCACAGAAUUGUAUAUCUGACCCCUGAUGUUCAAAAAUCUACUCUUGCAUUCACAUUCUGUAAAAUUGUGACAUUUUCCCUUCAUUUCUUUUGUCAUCGAGACUCAAAUUUAAGGAGAAUAUUUUUGUAUGCAACAUUAAUGUCAUAUUUUUUAUUAUCAUGAUAUGUUAAGAAUUUUGAGCCACACACAGUCGAUACUGUAUGAAUAAAUACAUGCAAUAUCUUUAGUUUUAUCCCAUGAUUUCUUGCAUUGGAGACCUUUUUGAGUGCCUGUGUCAAGCUUACAUGAGUAUGUAGAAGUCCAGUUAACACUAACUGACUGUUUGCGAAAACAGUCUGAUAUUUAUGAAAUGUGCUGCUACAGAUGUGGUGUGUUUUGGGGGAGAAGUCGAAUGCAUUAAAAAAUAGUUCACUCUGUUUGUCAAAUGUAUCCUAAAAUAUAGUAUCUUCUCAUAUACUGAUGUUUUUAUUGUUUAAAACAUCAUUUACGCCAUUUUGAGUUAUUAAAUGUAAUGACAAACUCGCAAAAAUGCAAAGAUUUUGAUUGAAAAUGCAAAACAUAAUGCCACAUGUUAAGUAUAGCUCAUCAUUUGACAUGAAUUGGAUAUCAAUACUACGUGUCAUUGGUGGUUAUCUGUGCCACUUGUAAAGAAGUGAUUGUGUUUCACUGUGUUUCUGGUGUUUCCAUUGCGUAGAGGUACGACUUAAUGUAUUGGUUGUAAUGCCUUGAUGCAAAGGGUUAUUCGGGUAUUGCCUUCAGAUGCAUGGCACAAAACUCCCUCCGAUGGUUGCCUUUGAGAAGAAGAAAAAAGAAGAUUCUCACUUCACAUUUAUGAUGUUAUUAUAAUUCAACUGUGCCACAGCAGUCACUGAGUGUCCAAUGACUACUUGCUAUUUUUUGUUUAUUUCUACAAGAUACCACUGACGAUCCUACAAUAUGCACCUUAUCUCCUCUACAGCUCAAGAACAAGACUCUCAUCAUGCCAAAUAAUGUUCAAUCAUUCUUUUUCUUUUCAGUUAGUUUGUGUUUCCACAGUGAUGAUCUGUUUUUUGGAUUUUUGUGCCAUUUCACCCAGACUUGAAGAGAACCGGAACAAGCAAAAAUAGGAUUUUUUUUUAAAGAGAUUGUACAAUGUUUCAAAAGUGUUAUGAAAAUAUAUUAUUUUGAAGUUAAAAAUUACCUUUUUAUUUUCUGUAGCAUGUAAUGUGUUAAUAUACCUAGUCAAUAAAAAAUAUACCAAAUUGUCAGAA